AAAUGGCGGCCCCCACGAAGACGAAAGUAAACAAAGAUGAUGACUCCAGUGAAAUACCAAAUAAAAUCUCAACGACAGACAUCGCAGACCAGAAUUUGGAUGCAUUUUUGACCUGGUGUAAAGAAAGUCACAUUAAACUGAGCGAAAAAGUAAGAAUCAGUAAAAAUGGAUCAUGUGCUCAGUAUGGAAUGAUAGCCCAGGCUGAUAUAGAGGAAGGGGAGUGUUUAUUUACUAUACCACGAGAUAAACUUCUGUUUGAAAAUACCACUAGUAUUUCUGAUAUUUUAGCUAAAGGCAGUAAAGAAUUACAGAGUGAGAGUGGAUGGGUUCCGUUGUUGAUUUCUUUGAUGUAUGAAUACAAUAAUCCACAAUCACCAUGGAGACCAUAUCUAGAUCUCGUUCCUGAUUUUAAGGAACUCAAUUUACCAAUGUUCUGGGACAGGGAAGAAAGGGAGAAGCUAUUAACAGGUACAGGAGUAAUUGAAGCAGUAGACCGAGAUUUAAAAUCUAUUAAUACAGAAUUUAAUAAAAUAGUUCUCCCAUUCAUCAACAAACAUCCUGAUUCAUUCAUGCCCAUCUGUAAAGAAAAAGAUUUUUAUAAGAAAAUGGUUGCCUUUGUCAUGGCGUACAGCUUCACGGAGGACACCGUUGCCAAUGAAACUAUUACAUCAUCACCUAUGAUGGUUCCUGUAGCUGAUAUUUUAAACAGCAUUGCCAAAAACAACGCUCAUUUAGAAUUUGAUAAAGAUGUUUUAAAGAUGGUGGCUAUUAAAAGUAUUUCAAAGGAUGAAGAGAUAUUUAACUCCUAUGGGGAGCCAGACAACGCCCACCUGUUGCAGAUGUACGGCUACGCAGAGAAAUAUCCCCACAACCACAAUGACACGGUUGAAAUUCCUUUCAAGUUAAUAUUUGACGUAGCAAGAGAAACAAAUAGUGAAAAUGGGGGAGAAGAAAUCUUAGACAAUAAAUGGGAAUAUUUAGAGACUAUGGAGAUAGUAGAUGAAGAUGGGUCUAUAGUUAUUGGUAUGACGGGGGUGUUAUCAGACUAUGAGUGUGAAAAAGUGAUAAAGAUAUUAUUAAUGCGCGAGUCUGAGUUUGAUAAUUUUAUUCAAGAAGAAGACCAAGAAGAUAGUGACGAUGAAGUGGAAGAAAAUAUUUUUACUUUAGAAAAUAUUCCAAAACUGGCACAAGAAUGGAAGACAAUUUUACAAAGAUGGUGUUAUACAAGAUUAAAAUCCUACCCAACCAGUUUAACCCAGGAUGAGAAGAAACUGGCAGAAACAGAAAAACUUGCUCCACAUUAUAAAUAUUCAUUUUAUACAGCUCACAGUCAAAAAACUCUACUAAAUAAUAUUAUACAGGCUUGUAAUAAAGGAUAAUAUUCAAAAUUCU